AUGUCAGUUCCUCAAAACCAAGCUGCAUGGCUCGUUAAAGCGGGUUCUCCUUUGGAAGUGGGAGAUGCUCCGCUGCCCACAGCUGGCCCAGGUGAACUAGUCGUUAAGAAUGCUGCCAUCGCCAUCAACCCUCUCGACUGCCAUAUGCAAGACUCUGGUGUUUUUGUCCAGCAGUGGCCCGCCAUUCUCGGCUGUGAUGUCGCCGGUGAGGUCCAUGAAGUAGGAAAAGAUGUAGCAAGGUUUAAGGCAGGAGACCGUGUUAUCGGACAUGCUAUCAAUCUGACAAGUGGCCGCCCUCAAGAUGGCGCUUUCGCUCUGUAUACUGUCAUCCCCGCAGACAAAGCGGCCAUCCUCCCUGAUGAAAUCUCCUUUACGAAUGGUGUCGUCGUGCCGUUCGCACUGGAGGCGGCUGUUUGUGCGCUUUCCCUCAAGGAGCCCGGCGUGGCCAUGCCCGGUGUUGCUACACCAGCUUUGGGCCUUCCGUACCCCUCGCUACAUGAUGUGCCAUCUUCAGGCAAGACACUUGUCGUAUACGGCGGCUCAUCUUCUGUCGGAUCGAUGACAAUCCAGCUUGCUAUAGCAGCCGGGAUCCAUGUUAUCGCCAUCUCUGGUGCGCACAAUUUUGACUUCUGCAAGCGAUCCGGAGCAGCUCAAGUUUUCAGUCACAAGGAUAUCUCCCUUGCAGAAAAGGUUGUCGAAGCAGUUCGAGAGAAUGGCAAUGAGUUCAUUGGCAUCUUCGAUGCCAUAGCUACUCCCGAGACUUACGCCAACGAUAUUGCGAUACUUGGGCAGCUGGAAGGAGGAUACCUCGCUUGCGUGCAUCCACCUCCCCCUAGUGCUGAUCUCCCUGCAAAUGUCACAGCUGGUAUGAUAUUCGCUGUUAACGAUGUCGUGACACCUGUUUGGAAAGACUAUGUUACGCCUGCGUUGCAAUCUGGGAAGCUUCAAUGCCUCCCGCCUGCAUUCGUCGUCGGUAAAGGACUGGAGCAUAUUCAAUCUGCAUUGGAAAAGUCCAAGGCGGGAGUCAGUGCCACGAAGCUAGUUGUCGAACUGUAG